AUCUCUUAGACUUUUUUUUAGUUUUAUGGCGAUUUAGAUAAGAUAGAUGGCGGACGGGUUUGGUGCUAGUGUUUGACUUGAAAAAAAAGGAAGUGAGCGAUGUUACAUUGAGAAAUCUAUAAAACAUGGAUUUAACUUAUCCCAUUUGCAGAAUAAAAAUGAUAUGAUGUCCUUGUACGUGAACCCAUACACAAAUUAAGGAAGUAUUAGUGCCAUAGCAACAAUCAUCAUACUCUUGCCCAUUUCCUUUGUGAUCUAGAUACCUCUUUUUCGGAGUGUAGUUCAAGAUUUGCCGUGUUUUAACUGGUUGUGUAUAUAUAAACUCAGUAAACUAGUGUUACUUAUCGUGUAAAAUGAUUUAAAAGUGAAAUAAUUGGUUAGUUUUAUGGUAACCUCGAACGCGGAAGUUUUGAGAGCUAGCCGCAUAUGAAGCAGAAUAUCAUCGGCAGAUGUGUUAGCUAGUGUUGACUCUACUACAGUUAUUGAAGAACAAAUAUCAAAUAUCAUUAUGCAUGAACUUUGAGUACUGAUGAUUAAAUAAUGGUUGAAAUAGGCGCCCCUCAAAAGUCCGCCGAAGAGAGUUUGGAGAAUGCCGAUUGGUAUUGGGGUGAUAUCACUCGAGAUGAGGCUAUUGAGAAACUGCGGGACACCUGUGAUGGCACCUUCUUGGUGCGCAACGCAUCUAACAAAGAUAGUGGUUAUACUCUGACAUUGAGAAAGGGGGGUAUGAACAAACUUAUCAAAAUCUACAACCAUGAGGGGCGGUACGGGUUCUGUGAGCCAUUUGACUUCAAGUCAGUGGUGGAUCUUGUUAGGUUCUACAGUGAAUUUUCACUGGCUCAUUGCAAUAGCAGCCUUGACAUCAAGCUUAUGUACCCAUUGUCCAGAAAAAGGGACAAUGAUGGUGGAGAAAAUAUGAGUAAUGAUACCCUAGAAACUAAAUUUAAGGAAAUCCACAAAAAAUAUGUAUUGAAAACAAAAGACUUUGAAGUUCGCUCUUACAAAUAUACAAGGUUAAGGGAAGAAGUAAAUAUGAAGAAGCAAGCAUUAGACGCCUUCACAGAAACUGUCAAAAUCUGUGAAGAACAUUUAAAGUUGCAAGAAAAGAUGCAGGCUGAAGCACAGCCACAUGAGAAAAAUUCUGUGUUAGAAAACAAUAGAAAUCUAAUUUCAAGAGUUCAAAACCUAAAGCAAGCUCAGAUAGCCUUAAAUGAUAUUUUGAGAAAUACAGUCACUGCACAAUUGCUUCUUGAGAGAGAGAUAGCCAAACUGAAGUCUGAUGUUACAGAUCUCUAUAAAAUCAAAGACCGCUACAAAGUGUGGCUACAAGGACGAGGUAAAACAGACGAGUACCUGCAUUUAUUAGAAGAUGACAAUAUACACAAGCUUGAAGAGUUGUACGCACACAGAGAAUCAAUCAGUUGGAACGUCAACUGUACUAGAGAGACAGCUGAGAAACUCCUCACAGGGAAACCACAAGGAACAUUUUUAAUUCGGCCUAACUCGACUGGACAAUUAGCCUUAUCAAUUUGUUGUAACAACAUGGUCUACCACUGUAUUAUCUUUACAACUGAACGAGGUUAUGGAUUUGCUGAACCCUAUAAUGUUUAUGAAACUUUGAAUGAGCUUGUCCUACAUUAUGCUGUUAAUUCAUUAGAAGAACAUAACGAACAAUUAAAAACUGAAUUGAAGUAUCCAGUAAACGCACAUCUUGUGAAGAAACCUGAGAAAAAACAAUGAAAUGGCCAAUGCAAACAGAAAAUGUAUUUGCCAGAAAUUGUCUGCUAGUUCAGACAAAGGUCAUAUGACGACUUGGAGACCUACUAAAGGAAACUGAAAUGUUAAUUACCUUCUUGUGACCUUCAUGUAAUGAUUUACUAAUAAGGAUUUAAAGAAUCACAAACUUAUCAACUAAUGAUUCAUAAAAUCUUCCAAAGUCAAAGGACGACUAUGAAUUACUCUUGAUUGUUUCACUAAAUGUACUGUGAGGGAACAUAAUAAUACGAGAAGAAAGUAUUCAUGUACAGGAAUGUAAUGUAAGUUGAUAUUUCCGUGUUUAUAGCUUUAGAGAGUCGUUAUAAUAAUGAUCAAACAAUUAUUGUACAAAUGCUUUGGUACCUAUGUACAAUGUGGUACUUACCAUAAUUAUUUUAGAUUUGUGCACAAUAACUUCAAUUUGCUUUCUAUUGAUUUGGUUUUAUUUUUAUUGUGAUAAUAUUGUGAUAAAACCAAAAUCAGUUUUGAAAUACCAGUUUUAUUGUUUUAUGAACAUUGAAAAUGAUUCUCAGGAGCUUUUAAGAGUUUAGGAUACUCUGUACACAUAUUUUUAUAUUUGUUGUAUUUUACAAACUAAAGUGUUCUUCCUUAUUAAUAAUUGAUGUUAUUAAAUUGAUUGGGGCCUUUACGGAUCGGCAGCAUUGGAGGAAGGAUUAUAAAUAACAGCUGAUUCGAAAUUGGAGACUGUUGAGAACAAAAUUACUUUGAAAUGUGUUAGUAAGCUCUCAGUUCGAUUGAUAUUGAGUCUGCGUCCAUAGACAUGUGUUAUACAGUCGACUUUGCAACGACAAGAUUUCACAUAUUGAAAAUAAAUUACUAUCUUUAAUGGCCUAUAAAUAUAUUAUCACUUUGCUUUAAUCUAUGAAUGCAGACUCAAUGCAUGCAAAGUUCUCUUAGAGAUAUGUAUGUGAUAGUAAUGAUUAGCGUUUUAGAGUUCUGAUAUUUGUGUAUAUUAUGUGAUUGAUUUUUGUUACAUUGUUUUUAAUGGGUUAUUGUGAUGCGAGGUUAAAAUUAUUCCAUAUCAUUGAUCAUUGAUAUAUCCAUAUUUAUUAUCUUUCCUUACACAUACUGUGUCUGCUUGGGGAUUGUAUAAAGUCCGCCAAAUAAUAAAUUGCUAUAUAAGUCGAGAGUUGUUUGGAAUGCCCAAACAUCGCAAUUUUUUCAAAAUAAAGUCUCCAGAAAAGUUUCAAAUAGCAAGAUUACUGUCUAUAAGAACCUGUUUUGGUAAUGCGCAAUAUUGUAAUGAUAUUGAAAUUAUUUCCUAUAUUGAGUGUAGUACUCAUUGUGGUAAUAAUUUAAAUAGUUUUACAUUUUCACUAUUAACAGUAAACCGAUUUUAUCUCUGGUAAUGAUAAAUAGAUCUGAUCACUGUUUUCCUUGUAACUCGACAAAUAUGAAGAUAAUCCUGAGUUUGAUGUUGCGUGUAUUAAAGCAGAUACUUAUACAUUUAUAUGUAUAACCAGUGCAUGAGUGAUAAGUUAAUGUUUACUUGGCGCAAAUCUAUGAAAUGUUUUACUAAAACCGGUAUCGAGAAUUUAUCUCUACUGUUUUAUCAGCGGUAGUGAUUCCAGUAAAAACAUUGAUGGUAUGCUUCGCCACAGUGGAUGUCGUUUAUGAUUUCAGUGCGUUUCAGUACUGCAGUUUACAUUGAAGUGUGUUAAUUCAUGUGUAUUAGUGUGCGAGUCUCGUCAAUUAAAUGUUUUUUCACUUUAUUUUCUAUAUGUAACAAUAUGUAAGAAAAGAUGAUAUGAUUGUAUUGCUAGUAGAUAGAUUGUAAGUAGGACUAACCAAUUCGUAAAAUGUUAUAUUUAUAUUAUAUAAUUUUGUUUCAUUCAAAACUCCUAAUGUUUUGUUAUCUGAACAAUUUUCCAUAACAUAAUUAUGUCUAUGUUUGGCAAAAAUUUUACUGUAGUUGUAAUCUCGUAUUUUAUGGUAUAAUUUUCAUUAUAAUUAAUAUUAUCAGGAAAAAACUGAACUGCGACAGUAAACAAGACAUGGCAUAAAAACAGUUUAUUUAGCCAAACUUGGCUUUUUGAUGAUGAGAAUGAAAGGGAUAGUAAAACGAUUGACAUCCUCACGAACACUUCCUUAUCGCCUACUACUGUGAUAGACAUUUCAAUGUUCUAAAAUACCUAUAUUAUGGCUAUUCCAGAGACAAUUUAAUAACUAUCUCCAAUAAAUUGUCGAUUUGUGAAGUUUUAUGAAACAUAGUAAGCUAUCCUAAUUUGGUUUGUGCAGUCCAAAAGUACCAUGUCAAAAUUCUAAGCACCAACGAAAACAUGCUUCAUUAUUACGACGAAUAUGUAGUUUAGAUACGAAAAUCUUUGAAUGAAUAAUAUCAUUUAGUCAACAGUAAAAGCUCGUUAUUGAAUUACUACUUUUGCUGUUGGCUGUACUAUAAUUUUUGGCCUACUACGAAUUCUAAGGCUAUUUCGGUAUCGUUCGUGUUUAUAAAUAUUUUUGUCGGGUAUAGUAUUGUAACUUACUGAAAUAGUGAUAAAUAUUGAAUCGACAGUACCUAUUAAUCCACUGAUCAGUCGAAUGUGUAUUUCUAUUUGAGGAGAUCGUCUAGAGUUGGCCUCCGAAUUUUGUAAAAAUGUAUUCACCUGCUUUUGAAUUUAAAUCAGUUAUUUAAUCAUUUAAUCUUGUACCCUUUCGCAUCCACUACAAAACGUGCCAGAAACAGUUGCAAUAGAUAACUAUUUACACUGAUUCUGUUUAUAUACAGUAAGAAAUUUCAUUACUAUUAGGAUUGAAGAUAUCCUAUCAAAAAAUAUAAUUAAAUUAUUUAAUUCGAAUUCAAUUAUGUACCGUUGAUUUCACGUAGUCAAUGUAAUCAUCGUUAACAAAUUCGAUAACAGUCUCUAAAACAUGUGCAAUAGUAAUGAAAGCUAAGAUGAAAAAAUAUUUAUAAAAUUGUGUACCUUACCUAAUUAAUUUUACUUCAUCAAUGAAAUGAAAAAUCUUAAGUAGCACCCUAGAAUACGUUCUAGUUCUAGCAUUUAGAUUAUGUCCAAAAUUAUAUUUCAUAGUUUCUUAUGUAAAAUAUCAACAAAUAUAAAAAAAUAAACGAAUUUUUAAGUAUUGGAAUAACUAAACUUUGGAGGUGAAAGGGUUGCGACUAUUAAUUAUACAUUUUAUUUCCACUGCACAUAAAGCUUUAAAAUGAAUAACGCCCGCUGCAGAAUAAUUAGGUGAAUCAAUUUGCCAUCCAGGAUUCUACAUUUUGGAACUGUAUAUUGAAAACUGUUUUUUACAAAAUUAAUAAUAUAAUUUAGAUUUUACAUACAUAAUAUAUACCUAUUUACUUAUAAGUUUAAAGAUUAUAUAAGUGAGAUUAUUGAUCGCGUUAUUUUUGUAUUCAAGUCAAUAAUACAAUAUUAUCAUUAUAAUGCAAAAUAUUCUGAGUUGCAAUUUUAUGUAAAACUAAAUAUCAUUAAAUGAUCUCAAGAGUGAAUAUAAACUUAAGGUAUAAUUCAAAUGUUUGUUUGAUAGUUUUUUAGACUUCAUAAUAAUGUAUAACUAAAGUCAAUAGCAGCCAAAUUGGAAAACUUACAUAAAAUUAGUGAACACUCAGUCGCCAUUUUAUAAGUGUAAUAGUAGAACGUUUUAAUAAGUGUUAAUAAACAAACUAUCAAUGAAAA